AUGAAACUUAAUUUGGAAAACAGCUGUCAUAAUGAUGGCAGCAUAUAUAUUUUUGGCUACCAUAUUUUAUAUGGAAGAUAUUGCCUGCUGAAGAUAAUUUUGUGCAACUGCUUCCUUACUUCUAUGUAUGUUUGUGCAGUUGUUACUAAUCCUAUAUUGUUUCCAGAUGCAAAUGAAAAAUUGAAUGCACUAAAACCAUCUGACAUGACAAAUCUGAAAGGAAUGAAGCAACCCCCAGAUGGAGUAAGAGUGGUCAUGACGGCAGUUUGUCUAUUGAAAGAUGUGAAACCUGACAGAAUUACUGAUCCAGCCUCUGGAAAGAAAUCAAAUGACUACUGGGGACCAGCUAAAAAGCUUCUUGCAGAUUUCCGCUUUCUGUUCAACCUUAAAACAUUUGACAAAGACAACAUACCUCCAGCCAUUAUGAAGAAAGUUCGAGCUGAAAUAAAAAAACCAGAGUUUAAUGCUCAAGCUAUAGGAAAAGCAUCAAAGGCUGCUGAAGCAAUAUGUCUGUGGGUGACUGCAAUGGACGUAUAUGAGCGUGUUUCCAAGGUAUUAGAACCAAAAAAAGUAGUAUUAGCGGAAGCUGAAGCAGUCCUACAAGAACUCAGCACUGUUUUAUCUAGCGAAGAAGAGAAGCAGAAGGACCUUGAAGCCAAAUUAUUAGAACUGAACAGAGUGCGUGAGGAAACUGCUGAUCAUAAAGCUGACCUUGAAGCUAGAGAAGCUGAGGCAGACAGCAAGUGGCAGCGAGCUGACAGACUUAUUCGAAGCCUUGAAGGAGAGAGAAUUCAUUGGACAGAAGCGUCUGACUCAUUGCAGCUCGCACUUGAUAACCUGCCUGGCAAUGUUUUAGUAUCUUGUGGAGUUAUGGCAUACCUUUCACCUUUCACAUCAGUGUACAGGACUAAAUGCAUUGAAGACUGGCAUGCAUACAUUGUUAGAAGUGGCAUCCCAAGUUCAACUGUCUAUGAUUUUGUUCAAGCCCUGGGGCUCGAUCUAAAAACCCGUUCAUGGAUAAUUGCUGGGCUUCCUCGAGACCAUUUUACACUUGAAAGUGCAGUUAUUGUUGAUAAUUCGCAAAGGAUAUGUUUAGUAUUAAUUUCAUCCAGAUUCAGUAAUGCAGCUUUGAAAAAAUGA